GAGUACAAAGAUCAGCAGUAAGAAAGAGGAUCCUGUUGUAAAGUGAUCUCUGAAUUUUUCGAACUGAGUCAUGGAGGAGAGUUUUCCUUUCCACAGUACUUUCACUGAUUUCUUAUUACAUUUGUUGGGGUUGUUAUUUUUCCUGCUGGAUGUGGGGCUGGAUGUUUGGACUGUUGUAUCGUUCUAUCAAGAUGGGGCCUAUGGGUAUAUGGCAGUGAUGAUCUUUCUACUGCUGGGCUCUUCAAUGUUGUUACAGGUGUUCAGCUGGCUCUGGUACUCUGGUAACUUGGAUCAUCUGGAGUCUCGUGUGGAAAAAUUUGUAAACAGGCAUAAAUUAAUCAAACCAUUCCAUUUCAUGCAGCUCGGAGUCUACCUCAGGUAUGCAGGGGUGGUGGAUAUAUCAACAUACCGCUUUUCUCAACAAACGGAUUCUUUCUAUGAGGGUGUGGCUGUAUACCUAAGCCAUGAUCUUCAGAUGCUUCGAUUAAUAGAGACGUUUUCCGAAAGUGCCCCACAGCUCACUCUUAUGAUCUCUAUAAUAGCACACAGUGGAGAGCUGACACCCAUUACAGGAAUCAAAUCCCUGGGAUCAGCAGUUGCAAUUGCCUAUAGUGUUGUCAUGUACCACCGCUCCAUGCGUGCAUUUCUUCCUGACAAACGCCUGAUGGGCUUAACCUCCUCUUUUGUCUACUUCCUGUGGAACUUGGUGCUGAUCAUCACACGUGUAACUGCUCUUGCACUCUUCUCCUCUGUACUGCCCUGCUACAUAGUCACCCACUUCAUCUCUGUGUGGAUGCUGCUGGUUUUGGGGGUUUGGAGCCAAAAAACAAACUAUAUGGAAAAUCGGUAUUGGGAAUGGCUGUACAGAGCUACAGUUGGACUCAUCUGGUACUUCAGCUGGUUUAAUGUAGCUGAAGGAAGUACCAAAAUAAAGAAUAUUGUCUAUUAUGUCAUCAUGGGGCUGGACACAAUGAUGCUGCUUGGCUUAUGGUGCUGGAAGACAGUGGACCAAGCAGGCUGUUUGAACCACUUUGAUCCAUAUAUAGUGAUCCCUGUACUGCUAGGUUUGUACGUUUUUGGAAUUGGACUGAAAAUGACAUACCACAGAUACCUCCAUCCAAACUGUGUUGAAUUGGUAAUUGCUGAACCACAUGAACGACUGGAGAUGGGCCGAGAACCAGCAUGUUAUGAGGAGACGGACUCAGCGAGUUCCGGAUUUCAAGUGAUUUCCCCUGAAGCUCCACCUCCAGCAUCUCCAGCACAACCAAUCACUGGAGUUAACAAGAGAAUGAGGACUAUGGCUGCUAAUUUCUACUCAUAGUUCCUGGUUUAACUUUUUUUGUGACAUUAUUUAACACAAGUUUUAUUUAUUAAACAUUAUUUAUAAUUGUAGACUUUUGUACAUCUUUUUUGUUUUACAGGAUAAUAUGGCUCAUUUCUUUGCAUUGUUUCAUGCAAAAUAUGAAUCUUUUGCUAAAUUGUGUCUUAAAUGACCAUUAUGAUAUUAAUAGACGCAGGUUUUCUUUUGAAGUUUAAUAUCUGCAUGCAAUAGAUAUGCUGUUGCUUUUCAGACAUGCUAAUAUGUGUGGUCGUGAUCCAAUAAUUUGCAUUUAAAGGGGCUUCCUCAUGACUUGUGUCAGCGUUGCCCAAUACAUUGACCUCAAGCAGUAUUCAAUGUCUCAUCUGAUAUUCAUAAAUAUUUAUAACAUCCAGAGACCUCAGUUCCAGAACUUUGAUUCACUGCAGAAAGUAACAAGACUCUUUUAUGUUACGGUCUUGGGAUGUUCUUGGUGAAUUUAGUGUAUUAAAGCAAAGGCCAGGACUUUUUUUCUAAUUGAUGACCAACUGAUUCUGUAUGGAACAAUUUGUAAUAUUUUGUCAAACAAAAGAUUUUGCUAAAUUAUUCGAUAUUGUUUUCAGAAAUGUUCAUUUGUAUAUUUCAAAUCCAUUGGGAUGCGUUGUGCAGUUCCAUUCACACUCAUUUUACAG